GAUUGGCAGAGCGGUGCUUUCCGGAACAAUAACAGCGGGGGGAGCCCGGGUCCCGGGAGCCGCCCCCGCCCCCCGGCCCGGCCGCGCGGCUCGCGCCCCCCGCCGGGUCCCCACCUCCGCGCCCGCCCCGCGGGCUGACCGGCCGACCGGGGCCCGCCCCCGGCGCCCACCAUGUACGCCUUUGUGCGGUUCCUGGAGGACAACGUCUGCUACGCGCUGCCCGUGUCGUGCGUGCGCGACUUCAGCCCCCGCUCGCGGCUGGAUUUUGACAACCAGAAGGUGUACGCCGUGUACCGGGGCCCGGAAGAACUGGGCGCCGGGCCCGAGAGCCCCCCGCGCGCCCCCCGCGACUGGGGCGCGCUGCUGCUCCACAAGGCCCAGAUCUUGGCGCUGGCAGAAGACAAAUCUGACCUUGAAAACAGUGUGAUGCAGAAGAAAAUAAAAAUCCCCAAACUUUCUCUCAAUCAUGUAGAAGAAGAUGGGGAAGUUAAAGAUUAUGGGGAAGAAGAUUUACAGCUUAGACACAUCAAGAGACCCGAGGGGCGGAAGCCGAGCGAAGCGGCGCACAAGAGCAUCGAGGCAGUGGUGGCCCGGCUGGAGAAGCAGAACGGCCUGAGCCUGGGCCACAGCACAUGUCCGGAAGAGGUCUUCGUGGAGGCCUCACCGGGCCCCGAGGACAUGGACAGUCUGGAGGAGGCCGGCGUGCCCCGGGCUCUGUAUGAGGAGCUGCUGCGCAGCUACCAGCAGCAGCAGGAGGAGAUGCGCCACCUCCAGCAGGAGCUGGAGCGGACUCGCAGGCAGCUGGUGCAGCAGGCUAAGAAGCUCAAGGAGUACGGGGCGCUGGUGUCCGAGACGAAGGAGCUCCGCGACCUCAACCGCAGGCUGCAGGACGUGCUGCUCCUGAGGCUGGGCAGCGGUCCCGCCAUUGACUUGGAAAAAGUAAAGUCAGAAUGUCUCGAGCCCGAGCCGGAGUUACGGAGCACUUUCAGUGAGGAAGCAAAUACGUCGUCCUAUUACCCCGCUCCUGCACCUGUCAUGGACAAGUAUAUCCUAGACAAUGGCAAGGUCCAUCUGGGAAGCGGGAUUUGGGUUGAUGAGGAGAAAUGGCACCAGCUACAAGUAACCCAAGGAGAUUCCAAGUACACAAAGAACUUGGCAGUCAUGAUUUGGGGAACAGAUGUUCUGAAGAACAGAAGCGUCACAGGAGUUGCCACAAAAAAAAAGAAAGAUGCAGUCCCUAAGCCACCCCUCUCGCCUCACAAACUAAGCAUCGUCAGAGAGUGUUUGUACGACAGAAUAGCACAAGAAACUGUGGAUGAAACUGAAAUUGCACAGAGACUCUCCAAAGUCAACAAGUACAUCUGUGAAAAAAUCAUGGAUAUCAAUAAAUCCUGUAAAAAUGAAGAACGAAGGGAAGCAAAAUAUAAUUUGCAAUAAACUUUGGAUUUUUCAUAAA